UCCAGCCACCAUGAGCUUAUCUACUGCCAUCGUGACCAUCCGUAUCGCCAAUGAGUGUGCCACUUUCUGGCAGUGGACCAAAUCUGCCAUUUCAUCCCUGCACUCGCAAUGGAGUAUUGCACAGAAGCAAGAUCUCAAGGGUCGUGUACUGGAGUUGGAGAGUGGCCUGCAAUGUCUCAGGGAAACUCUCCCUGCAAUGUAUGACCUCAUUAAUAAAGCAGAGUGGAGGAGCCACGACGACCUUGUGGCAAGCGUCCUUCCGAAUCUCAAGGAUGCAGUGUCUGAUGCCGAGGAUCUUCUUGAUGAGUUCGGAUGGUAUGAGAAGAAGGUGCAAGUGGAGGGCAAUGCAAGCCAGUCACCUUUCAUUGAAUUCUCAGAUACCGUCAUCCAAGGCAGCUUCAACAAACUAGAUGGCAUCCAGUUGAGGUUGAAUCGUCUUUCGGGUGAGCUUGAGGGGCUUCGUGGAAUUGUACAACGCUUUGACAGAUUAGUCAGGCUAGAGAACAUCUCCUCUUUAUCGGAAAAGAGAAAAAAUAUAUUCUUGGGUCAUGACAAGGAGCUGAAGCAAGUCUUGGGAUUUCUCAAUGUACUUGAACGCAAGAGAGCAACUAGUCCAAUCAAUGCAUCAACAAGCAACCAUGUCAAUAAUGAAUCAAGUCUUCCUGUUUUCGUGAUAGGUGGAAUUGGUGGUGUCGGAAAGACUACAUUGGCCCAGCAUAUCAUCAACCAUCAACAAGUUCAUUCACAGUUUGAGAAGAGAAUUUGGAUUUGUGUCUCAGAUGACUUUGAUGUUAAGAGGUUAACUAAAGAGGUCAUACAAUCCUUUACUGGAAAAGAGGCAACUACUGAGAGUAGUUUGGAAUCUCUUCAAAAUGCUCUGAAGAAGCACGUGAACAAUAAAAGGUUAUUGAUUGUCCUUGAUGAUGUGUGGGAUGAUGCCUUGAAGGAUAAUGGGCGGUGUUGGGAGAAGUUUUGUGCACCUUUUUGCGGUGUCCAAGAGGGAAGUGCGAUGUUGGUCACAACUAGAUGUGAAAAUGUUACCAAGGGGGUGUGCACAAAUGAGUCUGUUACAUUAGAUGGUCUAAAUGAUGAUGCCUUUAGGGAAUUCUUCAAAUUAUGCAUGUUUGGAUCUGAGGAUUGUAGAAAUUAUCCUGACUUGGAGUGCAUUGGUGAAAGUAUACUUCCUAAAUUGAAGGGCUCUCCUUUGGCUACCAUUACUCUGGGACGCAUGUUGAAAGCAAUUCCUGAAGUGUCACAUUGGAAGUCUAUACUUGAGAGUGAACUGUGGGAGUUGGAACAAAAGGAGACUGACAUUUUACCUGCCUUUCGGUUGAGCUACAUAUAUUUACCAUUCUAUUUGAAGCAAUGCUUCGCAUUCUGUGCUUUGUACCUCCAAUUCAAAAUAUUGACUGUCAGUAUUUUGAAGACCUUGUAGCACGGUCUUUCUUUCAAAAGAUUAGUGAUCGAUA